AUGACACACUCCCGCCAAUUCUGACUUGGGAGCGCGAGGCAGGCAGUGGGGUAAACUGAGGGACUAUGUGGGAGAUGCGGAAAGAGAAUACGUUAUGUUUUAUGUGAAAUAAAUUAGAGAUACAGGUUGUUUAGAUAGCAGCAUACUGUUUGGUUUGCUGUCAGGUGCAUUCUCGGUUGAUCACUCAACCUGUACCGUUAUUGUUCCGGAGAAUAUCGCAAACGAGAGGAACCCCGGUUUAGUGGUUGGGAUGUUGGCGGCGGAAAAGCCAUCAAUGGACGGACGUUUGGCAGCAUCGACUCCCCGCAGAAGAGGAAUGGAUGGUAAAUCAAGUAAAAAUGCCAACAAGAAACUUAUCCAAGCUCGUCUCCCAUUUAAGCGCAUGAACCCUGAACCUAAAGAAAACCAACCGCCUAAACGACCCUGUGCACAUGCCUGCCCCAAACCAGGAGACUCGGACAGGGAGAAUGAGAAUGAGUCCGUGGCACUCCCUAUACACAGUGGACCACCCUUGGUUAAUGGUCGUGGGCCCCUUGAUGGCUUCCUGAGCCGUAGGCGCCCUGCCUCCUCAGAUGAGAACAUGGUUAUAGAUCUGACAGCGGACAGCGCUUCGUCUCCUGUAAAGCGCCUUGUGUCACCUGCUACCACCUCUCCCCGCCUCCCUGCAAAAGACAAGCUUCUGGGCAAAGAUAAAACUGCGUCUUCGGAGAAAUCCAGCACUCUUAAAACACACACUUUAGACAGCUCAGUAGUCAACACAGAUGAGGAAGAGGUGGAAGAAGAGGAAGAGGUAGAGGAAGAAGAAGAAGAAGAAGAGGUAGAGGAAGAAGAUGGCAAUCAGACAUCUAUAUCUCAGCUUGACACAACACAGGAUUCUGAAAGUGAGCCAGAGGAGCAGGAUGAGUCAGGAAACAGGUCCAUGCUGUCAACUUCAUCAGUCAGCCCCACAUCUGAAAGCUCACCAGAGAAGUCCAAAAAUGAUGGCCCUACACCCAUUAGUACACCUACAACAGAGCCAAAGACCACCCCCAAGAUACCAUCAGAUCAGAAAAAGAUCAAAAGACGCUCAUUGAAGAAUGUACAAGAAGAAGAGGAGAGGCAUCGGCUGCGGCAGGAGAAAGAACUCCAAAAGGAAGAGGCUAAAGCUGCAAAAGAGAAAAAGAAAGAAGAGGCUCGCAGGCUAAAGGAUGAGAGAGAAAGGGAAAAACGAGAGAAAAAAGAAAAAGAGGAGCGAGAGAAACGAGAGAAAAAAGAGAAGGAGGAUAAAGAAAAGGCAGACAAGUUAAAAGCAAAAGAGGAGCUUCGGAAAUCAAAGCAAGAGGCAAAGCUUGAAGAAAAACGGAAGAAAGAAGAGGAGAAGCAAAUGAAGGAGGAUGAGAAACGGUUGAAAGAAGAGAAGGAUCGCCUGAAAGCGGAGAAAGCUGGGAUUACACGUUUUCUGCAGAAACCCAAGAUCCAACAGGCUCCAAAGACACUUGCAGCUGCAUGUGGGAAGUUUGCUCCAUUUGAGAUAAAAGAACACAUGGCUCUGGCACCACUAUGUCGGGUUCAGUGUGAGGACUCUGUUCUGGAGGAACUGGACCAGUGUUUGUUGAACCCUGCUAAUAACUUGAAUGGACUUAAAGACUGGAUUGGGCAUGCACCCCGCAGCUCAGGACCCACCAAUCCUAGACAGACUGGAUAUUCUCUGUGUUUAACUGUAGAAGUGCCUAAACCAGAUGGUGUGCCGGAUCGUAAACGUUAUGGAUCCAUGAAGCUGCUGCAGUUCCAUGCAAACCACCGUCCAGCAUACUGGGGCACCUGGAGUAAGAAAAGUUCACACAUCUCACCUCGCUGCCCCCUCAGACGAGACAAGGAUGUGUUGGACUAUGAAGUGGACAGUGAUGACGAAUGGGAGGAAGAGGAACCCGGCGAAUCCCUGUCACAUAGUGAAGGGGAAGAUGAGGAGGAAGGAGGUGAAGAUGAUGACGAUGACGACGGCUUCUUUGUUCCUCAUGGCUACCUUUCAGACGAUGAAUGUGCUCUAGAAGCAGAGGAGGGUGGUGACAUGGAGAAGCAGAAACUACGUCAGAAAGUGAAAGCAAGGGAGUGGGAUGAGCUGAUGUCUACCAAGAAGAAGAUGAAGGUGCUGGACCCAGUGGUGAGGGGCUGCGUCUGGGAGGGAGAAGGACCUGGUUUGCAAUUCUUCCAGCAUUAUGCAUUGUGUCUGGUCGAGCCUUUACCCAAGGUAGACAACAGCCCCGGCCCAGAGGAGAUUUCACAGAAGCGCCAGAGGGAAGCACAAUUACUCUGUCGGCUGCUGCCUCUGCUGCACGGCAAUAUGAACAGCAGCAAAGUGAUCAUCACUGAGUUUCAGGAGUUCUGUCGUCAGCAGUCCACUUCCUCCUGCUCAUCACCUCCUGAACUGUCCAGCCCUCAGAGCCCAGCAGAAAACAUCCCCACAAGAAUACAGGUGAAGCGCCUCAUAAAGAGCAAUGCUGUUUAUGAGAAGCGCUCGACCUACAGACGCUGCUGCUGGUACGUGCACACAGAGGUCCUGUCCCGUGUUGGGCAGGAGGCUCUUCCCGUGCCCUGCCACUGGACCUACCUCACCACAGGAGCUCGAGAAGAGUCCCGUGAAGAACCCCAGGUAGCCACAGGCUCUCAGGGAAACUCUCCCACUACCCCACAGACCUCCUCCACCACAUCUUCAUCCUCCAACAAAAGGAAGAGCACAGGCAGCAUGUCAAUUACAAAGUUCAUGAAGAGAUGUACUGACCCCGAGCAGACGGAAGCAAUAGAGGCAGAGGGUUUUCAAGCUGACACUGAGGAAGACGACGAGGAAGACUGUGUCCUCAUCUCCACCCAGAAUGCCCCAAACAGAAAGACCUCCUCCAGUGAUGGAGACAGUGUGAUGGAAGUCACCCCCACUGACACAGCUGCUCUCCCCGUGGCCAGCGCUGCUCCGACACUUGCCACUGCCUGAGGACAGGAUAGGCCGCCUCCACUAACCAAGCGACACCGUUUCCCUCAUAAAUUCUCCUUCCUGGUUCUGAACUCUACUGUGUCCAAGACAGAAUCAAGUCUUCGAGAUGAAGCAGCACACUUUGGUACAGGCAACUCGCUGCAGGUGGAUUCUGCUCAGUAUUAUGAGUACCAUCGCACCUUUUUCUUUUUUCUUUUUUAAUGAGUCAGGAGUCAUCUUGCCUGUAAAAUUUAGUUGUGCAUAAAAUCAGGAGUGUGACUUGAUUAUGGAGGGCAGUUUUGUCCAAUUUUCAUUAUGUCGGGCAUGUUUGGCAUUGGCCUCUAAAGACUCACAGCACUGCUUUAGCAACAGCAGAUUGGGUUGGGCAGAGGGAGGAAGAGCAGAACAGAAAUGUCCAAUGUACAGGAGGAAGCAUCCAAGAAAUCAAAAUCGGCAUUCUUUACAGUUCUUGAAAUGUUGAAUUCAUGAAGAUUAUUGGAUAUCUUCUAGUAUAAAUGUAUGUGUGUGUGUGUGUGUGUGUGUGUGUGUAUGUGUGUAUAUAUAUAUAUAUAGUUUACCAGAAAUAAGAGUUGGGAAAUGAGAGGCUAUAAGUCCAUCUGUACAUUUCCCUUCAAUUUCAAUGGGUGCAUUUAUUCUGCAAUUUCUAACUCUGACAACUCACUGGAGUAGUUGCUAGAUAGGUCCAGUUCCACAAUGUUUUAUAAAUAUGUAUUUUUUUCAACAAUACUUGAACUGCAUAAGUUCAUUAAACAUGAAUAAAAGUACUGCACUUUUAUAUUCCA